ACUCACGCACGUGUUCAACUGCAUAAAAUGGCUUCUCGGAGGGCCAGACUAGAGGAAGAGGCGGACAUGAUGGACGUAUCAGAGGUUCCUGACGACCUUGACGGAGACAGCGGCGCAGGGAUUGAAGGCGUGCAGCACCUGGCCAAAGGCCUAGUCCGAUACGCCUUGUCGUGUGAGCAUUCACGUCGGCCCAUUAAGCGGCAAGACAUUAACGAAAAAGUGCUUGGUUCCCAGACCCGGCUGUUCAAGCAAGUCUUUGCACAAGCCAACAGCCAGCUCAUGGAUGUGUUUGGAAUGCAAUUAGUUGAACUGCCCAAGGCCGAACGCGUAACGCUGCGGCAAAAGCGCGCAGCCGCCGCCGCAUCACUAGCAUCGGAUUCCCAAGCAAAGUCAACCAGCGUGUGGGUCUUGCAGAGCAUCUUACCCAGCCAGUACCGAAUACCCGAAAUCGUGGGCCCAUCACGGCCACUUGAACAUGGUAUGCCAAACAAGGAAGACGCCUACGUUGGUCUGUACACUCUUACCAUCGCUCUCAUCACCAUCUCCGGAGGCAUGAUGCCAGAAGGCAAGCUCGACCGCGCUCUCAGGCGCAUGAAUGCAGAGCAAACCACGCCCGUGGGUAGUAAAGACAAAGCAAUAGCUGCCAUGGUUAAAGAUGGGUACAUUGUGCGUGUCAAGGAGACUUCGGGCGCAGGUGAUGAGACGGUCGAUUAUAUUGUUGGCCCUAGAGGCAAGGUUGAGGUUGGUCGUGAUGGUGUCGCUCAGUUUAUACGAGCGAUGCAUGGCCAGGCUGAGGAUGAGACUGAGCUUGAGAGGCGGAUUCAGAGGACUCUUAAUGUAGCUGACGCACAUAGCAAUAGUGCACCCGCAGCGGAAGCGAACUGAGUAUGUUUUAGUCUCAGCCUUGAGUUGCCACAGGUGAGUGACGGAGGAUAUCUAGAGUUACGGGAGACUCAAUUGCAUACAGAUAUCCUACAGGUGGUACUUAGCGCUGUACAUUUAUCUGUCUUGUUUUCUUGUAUAUAUUUGUUAACGUAUAUGCUAAGAGACUAGUCCUACCUUAACAAGUGAUUCUAAAGAAUUGCUGAAAUCUGACUUCAGUAUUCAUUUUUAU